AUGGCCAACUCCAACUCUUUCAUCCAGACACUUGCAGAAAUGCAGAACAAGACUUUAGUCGAAGCCUUGGAUUAUGCAAAGAACACACCAGAAGAUACAUUGGCAGGAGACCUCAGCCUCAAGGCCAGCGCAUCGAAACGCGUCCACUUUGGCUAUCCGACCGUUCUCCACGAAGCCUUCGACAACGAGUUGCACAAAGUCAAGCUCCUCAAGAAGAAUCUCGCAGAUAAGGACAAACUCAUCAACAAACAACUGACCUAUAUACAAGAGCUUGAACAUCGACUCUUAGAGGAGCAGCGUCAGACCCGGAUCUUGCACAAUAGACUUGAGAAUGAGCGCACACAUUCCUGUUACCUAUCUCAAACACUUUCAAGAGCACACGAGGAAGUAUUGUCUCUGCGAAACCAGGCAGCACAGUCUGAAGUCCUUGAAUCUACACUCAGAGAAGUGCUUCACAAGAAAACAGCUACUAUCAAAAAUCUUGAGGAGCAGAAUCGCACACUCAUAGCUGUUCUGACUGAGGUAACGUCUCGCUUGCAUAGGCCCGAUGAUAAAGCUUCUCACCAAACUCCAAAGAAGUGUGAUGAAGACGUACCCUCUCAGACUAUAGACAGUCACGAAGAAUCAUCAACACAGGUAACUCAGGCGAGUACGACAUUCCAGCACAAAUCUGCUGCCAUGCCUCCAACAACAACAAAACCUGUCCGUGGUAUUCUCAAAGGACCCUCAACAGACGACUCGGCACUUACAACACUCAUAACCUCAGCGACAACCUGGAUGCGCUCUUAUUUCCAACCGACCAAUACACGCGAGGUUUGUUUCAAUAACGACGAGUGCCAACCGAAAAUCUCAAGUCCAGAGUUCAAAGAACGCGUCAGGAGACAACUAGAUCCUGAGCAGUUAGCUCUUGCCAGAAAUUACAUGGUUAGUUUGCAAAUGCCUGACACGAUCGAAAGAGUAGAGCAGGAACCUCAAGGCCCACCUUUCGAGUUUAGCAAGAGAAAACAAGAAAAAGAGGAACAGAAGACAUUUACACUGNNGAGUCCUAUGCAGCGAAUCAGGAUGGGGAGGAUGGAACAAUAA